AUGGACCGUAAACGCCACACCCCCGAUCCACGCCGCCACCGAUCUCAGAUUCCACCCGUGGCAGUACGCAUACGGCGACGCGGGGUCCCUCGUGUACAGACUCGGGACGCGGAAAUUGCCCCGCCGGAUAAGCCAGUAGUCGACCAGCAUGAUUGCGCACGUUGGCAUGCGGAAGACGGUGUACGAGCCCAGGAAGGUGAGGAAGGAGCUGGCGCUGGAGAUGAUCUUCCAGGGGACGCAAAGGGGCGCGAGGAGGGCGCAGAGGACCUGCCCGCGGACGAUGUUGAGGUAGCGGGAAACUGUGUCGUUGCGCUCGUCGUCGCACAGCUGACCAACAUAGCCAGCACUUUUGAAAUGACGAUCCCCAGCGCCUGGCUCCACGUCGCCUGCGAGGGCCGCGUCGCGUACCGCGCGACAUCGGGCUGGUUCACCAGGAUCGGGCAGUGCCACCAGCGCGGUACAUUCCUUCCGUUAGUCUUUGGGGCCGGCCGAGAUGGGGAAGUGUGGAAUGGGUGGACGCACCAGGCCGAGACUGAUGAGCGUUGCGCCGAGGUUGUAGCUGCUCAGGGAAGAGGUUGUCAUCAGGUAGGAGGCGAAGAAGUGGAGGACGGUCCACAUGCGGUGUUCUGGUUUCAUCAGCGAAUGGAAACACAACUGGAGAAUUGA